AAAACGAUGUUGCAUUAGAAUGUUCAUUAUCUCCCAUGACUGAAACUUUUGUACUUCCUGGUUGAAACUUGUGCUGUAAAUUGUUGGGAAGAAUAACCUACAGGAGCUACGCUUCUUCAUUAUAACUCAGGCUUCAUUCCAAAGUCCAGGGGUUUAUAGCUGAAAAAUAGUACUUAUAGAGAAAAAAGGAAAGACAAAAAUAAAGAUACCAAGCUAUGCAGGCAGGUUAUUCCAGAGAUGUAUUCUCCUCAGGAUUUGAUACCAAGUUCCUUUGUAACUACUGUGGUAACAUACUAAGGGACCCAGUACAAAGUUACUGUGGACAUAGAUUUUGCAGAGCAUGUAUACAAGGUCUUGUAAGCUCUGGAGAUCAAAGAGUCCAGUGUCUUCAGUGUUUACAAGAAGGAAAUGCAGAUGAAGAAUACAGUUUCAUCAACCAAGAUCAGAUAUUUCCAGACAUGGCUGUCAAGAGAGAGAUGUCUAGUAUUGAAUCUAAAUGUGUAAAUCCUGGUUGUAGCUGGAAAGGAAACUUCAAACACUAUGAGGCACAUUUCAAAGAAUGCAAGUACCAAGCCAGUCCAUGCACCCAAUGUGGGAAUCUGAUUACUGCAUCCAAGUUAAAUGACCACAUGAAAAACGAAUGUCAGAUGAGAAGAGUUAAAUGUAAACACUGUAGUGCAGAGGUUGUUCAACAAGAUUUAGAAACGACACACCAAAAUGAGUGCCCCAAGUUUCCUCUGAAGUGUGACUCUUGUGGAAAAAAGAAAAUACCUAGAGAAAAGAUGCAACAACACAUUGACAAAGAGUGUGCCAAUCAAAAAAUACAAUGUCCAGUACCAGCUUGUGAAAAGCAUAUAACCAAGGUUGAUAGAAAUAAAUUUCAACACCAUGUUGAACAAAAGCCAGGGUUACAUAUUGUUCACAAUAUGGAACAAGUUAGUGUUUUAAGUGAAAAAGUUGAACAGAUUGUGGCUCACAUUGGAAAUAAUGAAUCUGCAAAUAAUGUAGGUGUAAUAUCAGAGCUGAGAAACAAAGUACAAGAACAGGAACAAGCUAUCAGAUCGAUUAUAACAACAAGCGGAGGAGGAGGAUCAGGAUCAGUUGCUGGGGCCGAUGUAGGAAACAUGAUGCAAAAGUUUCAGGCCUUAGAAAUCAAGACUGGUACAUAUGAAGGGAUUGUAACAACACUGCAUAGAGAAAUAGAGAGAUGCAUCACAGCCAUUGAAAAUAUGGAAAGACAGCGACAACAGGAAAAAGAACAAGUCAACAAUGAUGCAGAAAGAAUAAAACAGCUUGAAGCAAAGUUACACAUGAAAGAGGUUAUUAUUGCAGAACAUGCACUGAAAAUAUCUAACCUUGAAACUACAGUCUAUGAUGGAAACCUAAUGUGGAGGAUACCUGAGUGGACAAAAAAGCGCAGGGAAGCAGUAAGUGGGCAGUGUACCAGUAUCUAUUCAACUGCAUUCUACACAUCUAGGUCAGGUUACAAGAUGUGUGUCAGACUGUAUCCAAAUGGUGAUGGGAUGGGCAAAGGAACGCAUGUAUCUAUCUUCUUUGUCAUAAUGAGGGGAAAUUAUGAUGCUUUAUUAGGAUGGCCUUUCGGGCAUAGAGUCAUCUUCAGAAUGAUUGACCAAGGACAAAAUGGUAAUCACCUGAUUGAUUCUUUCAGACCAGACCCAUCAAGUACGUCUUUUAAAAGACCGACCUCAGAAAUGAACAUUGCUAGUGGUUGUCCAUUAUUUAUGCCGUUAUCAAAACUGGAUGAUCCAAGUGUUUCUUAUGUUAAAGAUGAUGUUAUGUAUGUCAAUGUUUGCCUAGACAUUUCUGAAGGUAGGAGGAACCCAGCACUUGAUCCUGGAACCGGACCUGACCGUAGUUUAAAGAGCAAAUAAAUUCUAUGACAAAAAAAACAUUAAUUGUUCUUUGAAUCUAAAAAUGAAUUCAUAUUGAAAAUCAUAGAUUUGUGUAGAUAUAUAUGCUUCUUUAUUGUAAAUAUUUAUUUUUAUCAUUUACCACAUAUAGUAGUAACUUUCCAUCUUAUUCUCUAUUCAUUUAAUUCUUCUUGAUUUUUUACAUCCAGCUUGAGAGAAGAAAAUAAGUUUAGAUUGAUGCAUAUGAAAAAGUAGAAGAGAGUCACUAUUCAGAAUACUGACAGAUAAUAAGGUUUAAGUUCAAUAUGAGGUGUUGAUGUCACAUGGCAUGUAUUGUGUUGUAAUUUUGCAUACAUGUCACAUUUGUGAAUUUGCCACAGUUACAUGUAGUACAUUUUUUUACCGCAAAACUUUUCCUUGACUUAUAUGUCAGAUGCUCUAAAACCAUACAUAACUGAACAAGUUUCUGAUCAGUUUCAAGUAAACUUGAUUAGAGAAAGUAUAACAGUCGUCUUCAGAACUUGUCCAUCCAAACUUUUUUCCUGAAAAUAAAAUACCUUUAAUAAUGCCAAGUAUAUUACAGAGAAAGGCUGUCUCAAUUAGGGACUAUGGUUCUUAUUUGUAUAUCUUAGGAUAUUAAAUACAAUCAAUGAUAAGAUACUUUAAAUGUUUUUUAUUUUUACUAUAAGUAGUAUUUGCUUAAUUUCUUUUAUAUUUAUUUAUGCUUGUCAAGUAUAUAUAUAUAUAAAACAUAAUACGUUACAUUAUCAUCCUUUACGACGGACAAAACAUAGCUGAUUUUAAAGAUAUACCAUCCUACUUGCCAUUAUACAUCAUGUACUGUGUUACAAUCCUAGAUAAAGCCUAUGAGGAAAGGCAUUACUCGACUAACGAAGGCUAUAUUUUUAUAGCCUAGUUGGUCAAGUGGUCUGGGGUUCUGGACACAGUGCAGACGGUGUUGACAUGUCACAGAAGCAAGGAUUAAAAAAAUUUGCGAACACAAAUUUACAGAUCUUACAUUGGGACAAAUUGUAUAUAAAUUAUAAUAUAUUAUAAUUUUGAAGUUAACUACAGCUUAAACUGCAUUAUUUCAACUACAGCUUGAAGUUUUAAGUGCAUUAUCUCAAUUAGACCUUGAAAUGCAUUAUGUCAAUUAGAGCUUGAAAUGUUUUAUGUCAUCUAGAGCAUGACAUGCAUUAUGUCAAUUAGAGCUUGAAAUGUAUUAUGUCAAAAUUUACUUAACGUUUUUAGGAAAAAAAUGCAGCUAAACUGAAGUUGGUAAGAAGUGUUUCCUGUCAACAGGUGAAAAUUUUAUUAAAUUUUUUUGCUCAUAGUUGAAGGCCCUACAGUGAUCUGUAGUAGUUAAUUUCUUUGUCAUUUGGUCUCCGGUGUAGAGUUUUCUCAUUGGCAAUCAUACCACAUCUUCUUAUUUUUAUAUUAUAUAAAGUUAAUCCAUUUUUAAAGUUUUUUGUCAAACUUAGAAUUCCAAAAUAUAGAAAUACAGCUUUCAAAAUUUUGUGAAGAUUUAUUUCAGAAUUGAAACAAAGGGUACAGGGAAAAUAUGUGAACUUUUGUAUAAUGCAAAAGUUUCUGAAAGGUCAUGAUUCUAAAUGAAAAAGGGAAGAUUUAUGUUGUAAAAUUCGAUAAUUUCAUGAUGCAAAGUUCUUUCUUAUGAUGGCUGUUGAAUAGAGAACUAGAAAAUAAACCAAAUAGAAAUGGAGGUUGGCCAGAAGAAAGGUUUACAUGACCUUUACAAAUUAAGAAGACCUGCUUUUUAGCUCACCUGACCUGAAAGGUCAAGUGAGCUUUUCUCAUCACUUUGCGUCCGUCGUCCGUCGUCCAUAAACUUUUACAAAAAUCUUCUCCUCUGAAACUACCGGGCCAAAUGCACCCAAACUUAAACACAAUCAUCAUUCAAGUAUCUAGUUUAAAAAAUGUGUCCGGUGACCCGGCCAACCAACCAAGAUGGCCGCCAUGGCUAAAAAUAGAACAUAGGGGUAAAAUGUAGAUUUUGGCUUAUAUCUCUGAAACCAAAGCAUUGAGAGCAAAUCUGACAUGGGGUAAAAUUGUUUAUCAGGUCAAGAUCUAUCUGCCCUGAAAUUUUCAGAUGAAUCGGACAACCCGUUGUUGGGUUGCUGCCCCUGAAUUGUGAAUUUUAAGGAAAUUUUGCCGUUUUUGGUUAUUAUCUUGAAUAUUAUUAUAGAUAGAGAUAAACUGUAAACAGCAAUAAUGUUCAGCAAAGUAAGAUCUACAAAUAAGUCAACUUGACCAAAAUGGUCAGUUGACCCCUUAAGGAGUUAUUGCCCUUUAUAGUCAAUUUUUAACCAUUUUUCGUAAAUUUUUGUAAUCUUUUACAAAAAUCUUCUCCUCUGAAACUACUAAGACAAAUUUAACCAAACUUGUCCACAAUCAUCAUUAGGGUAUCUAGUUUAAAAAAUGUGUCCUAUGACCCCGCCCGCAAACCAAGAUGGCCGACAUGGCUAAAAAAUAGUACAUAGGGUAAAAAGCAGUUUUUGGCUAAUAUCUCUGAAACCAAAGCAUUGAGAGCAAAUCUGACAAGGAUAAAAUUGUUCAUUAGGUCAAGAUCUAUCUGCCCUGAAAUUUUCAGACCAAUCAGGCAACACGUUGUUGGGUUGCUGCCCUUGAAUUGGUAAUUUUAAGAAAAUUUUGCAGCUUUUGGUUAUUAUCUUGAAUAUUAUUAUAGAUAGAGAUAAACUUUUAACAACAAUAAUGUACAGCAAAGUAAGUUCUACAAAUAAGUCAACAUGACCAAAAUUGUCAAUUGACCCCUUAAGGAGUUAUUGCCCUUUAUAGUCAAUUUUUUACAAUUUUCAUAAAUUUUGUAAAUUUUUGUAAAUUUUUGCAAAAUAUUUUCCACUGUAACUACUGGGCCAAGUUCAUUGUAGAUAGAGAUAAUAGUAAGGAGCAAGAAUGUUCAGUAAAGUAAGAUCUACAAACACAUCACCAUCACCAAAACACAAUUUUGUCAUGAAUCCAUCUGUGUCCUUUGUUUAAUAUGCACAUAGACCAAGGUGAGCGACACAGGCUCUUUAGAGCCUCUAGUUUAAUGUAAAAAAAGUGUAGAAUCUUUUUAUAUUAAGGUUUGUGUAUAUUUUACAGUAUUGAUAGUUCUAUUGCAGUACAUUUUUAUCAAUUAAUAUGAUGUGUUGAACAAGGAAUUAUUAAUUUCUUUGACACGUUAAUAAGAAAUUCCCUGUACAUUGUUGCAACAAGAACCUAUUACCAUAAUAACCAAAUAUUGCAAUGUCUUACAGCUGUUUAGUUUAUAAUUGAGACCAUGAAGAAAAUGUGCAUAACAGGACCAAAGAUUACAAUCUUUAAAAAGAAAUCAGUGUUUCCAAUUAUUUCAAUUAAGUGAAAGUUCUAUCCAUGAUUCUCUCUCUUUUCACUUCACUGUACAAAAUAAAAAGUCAAAAUGAUUAAAGUAUUUGUGUAUAUGUCAACAUGUGCUUUUAAUAAUGUUGUCUGAAGAUAUGUAGCUUUGGCUUAUCUAAAACAUUAUGUGUUUUUUGUUAGUUUGUUUUCUCUGUUUAUGUUAUCAAUUUUAUGUUUUUGUAAAUAUUGUGCUUAAUUAGACUUUUUAACUGCUUUGUACAUAUAUUUGGAUUAUACUAUGUUAUGGGUUUGUUAUUGCUAUUUGUCCACUAAUAUGGAUAAGUUGUUCUUGAUUAUUUUUCUAAAUAAUUAAGGAUGAAGAUUUAAAAUUGUCUUGUUUUCAUAGAAAAAGGUGGUAAAUUGCCAUUUAUUUAAACACUGAAUCAAUUAUAGAAAUGAUAGGGAAUAUUAAAAGCAAUUUAAAUUCAAUUAAAAAUCACCAAGCUGAGGAUGGAAAAUCACAAGACAUUGUCAUACCAUUAAAAUAAUUAAAAAUUCUCUGUCAUCAAUAAAUGUUACAAUGUACCUUCAUAUUCUCUUUCUAAACUUUUCUUUGGCAAGUCCUUUACGGUGUUUUAUUCUUUUAUUUGUUUUCUCGUAGGAUUUCCUUAAAUGAGACUUUGUAGAUAUCAGACAAUCUAAUAAUUUAGAUAAAACUACAUUUGGACUCAUCGACUCUUUUUGUUAUGAAUACCAAUUCUAUCCAUAAAGUGCACAUAUUUAUUUUAGUUUUGUGUCUGGUACUUUAAAUUUCAGCAAAUAUUUAGAAAAUAGCUCAUUAGUCAGUUUGCUUUAUUUUAACUUGUAACUUGAAAAAAUAUUUAUUCAGCAAUAUAACAAGGUUAAAUGCAUGUCUUUGUAAACAGUUGUAUCCUUUAAUUGAUAAAAAUGUUUUAAAAGACAUCAUUGAUAUAAUUUAAAAUAGAUGUAACAAAAAAGUAAAUGUAUAUAGCACACUUAGUCAAAUGAUAGUUCUAUCAUCUAUGUAUCAUAUAUUAUAGAUGAUAAUAUUUAUUCCCAAACUGUUUUUUUUUUAGAUUUAAUCAGGUGGUGUUAAACUAAUAGAUAUUGUGCAUUUUUUUCAUGCUUAUUAUGUACUUGCACCGAGUUUUAUAAAAUAAAUAUAUUGAUGUUUA